GCUCAUGCAUAUAUUUCGCAAUUUCUUGACUCUGAGCUGCGUCUUGACCAUUUGGUUACAAUAAACCCAAAUUGGCUCCUCCCUGCAACGAAUUCCCAUGGCGAGUCCUCCUCUAACUCAACUUGCGACUGUACUUAACAUAUAUUUUAGUCAUGUAAUUUUUUUUUGUCACUUCUGGGAUUGCUCUCGACUCACUGUUAGUUUUAUAGGUGAGGUGGCAUAUGCCAUCUACUUUAGCUCCUCUUUUUCCUUCACUUUUCUCAUGAUCUGAUUGGCAUUUUGGGUUCUUUGAGUUUGGAUUGUGCUGUCAACAUGGAAGAUGGAUACUUGAUGAGAUUGAAGACUGGGAAAAGAAGUUUGCUCAUUUUCUGUGCUUUCAUUAGCCGACACCAGAAGCAUUCUGAUAAGUAAUACAGUGAUUUGUGAUUCGAUUUAAAAUAUUUUUGGUUGGUUAUUGUGCAUUUCUUCACAUUUUCAGGUUGAUGCCAGACAUCAUCAACUGUGUUUUAAACAUAGUAAAAUAUAGCAGGAAUAUCAGUGUAAGAUUUGUUUUGAAUUUGUAAUGCAAGAAAGCAUAUCUUGAACAUCUUAUAUUAGUUUUGCGCACAACUUGUUCUGUUUUAGCACCAAAACUUCAUUUGCAGCCUACUGAUUUUUUUUAACCAUUGUGUUUGUGCUUUCAUGUGAUUCCGUAUGGCUCUUAGCCUGAUUUUGCUUGCAUAAGUACAGCGUUGCCAUAGUUGGCCAUUUAGCUGAUUUGUUGGUCAUUUUAGAACUUAAAAGUAAUUUUUCUUGUGCAGGAGCUUGAUUUUUUAUUAGAUAGGGUUGUUUCCCUAGCUUUUGAUGUGAUUUCGCAUGUCAUGGAGACAAGCCCUGUGAUGUCGGAGAGUGGGGCUCCCAUUUACCCGUCCGAGUCCAAAUCGGUCUUGAGACAUCACCGGAAUCGAAGGCUAAUACUUCUCAGAGGGUUGUUUCUUUGUUCGAUGAGGCGGUGACAGCUUUUAGGGCUCCAUCGACGCCGUGUCUGGGUGCUUCUUCUCAGGUUUUGGGCGGGACCGUGGUCCAGUCCUCGCCAAAGCCAGGUGGGGGAGUGGGUAAGCCUCCUCCGUCUAGCUUUCUUCGGCAUGGUUUCCUCCUCCCGAGUGUUCCGCCCCCUUUGAGUGGCUGUGCUUCUUUGACUACUGAUAAGGGUGUAAUUUUCAAAUCGAAUGGCUUGAUCCAAUCUCAGGAGUGGCCGGUUGGUUUUUGCCCGUUUGGUGAGAUUGUUGUGUGGGAUCAGGGGGUUGAAGACAGGGUUGGGGAGGAAGGAGACUCUCCUUACCCUUUGAGUGUUUGUCUUCUCGACAUGCCCUUGGAUUGGGAUUCGGAUGGUGUUGAGGAUGUUGACACGUCCUUCGCGUUGUUGGAUGCAAUGGAAGAGGAUUUUCUUCGGGGUAAUAAGGGUAAGCGGCUUAAGACUAAAGGGAGGAGAGAGUUGCAGAAUCUGAAGAGCUCCAUCAACUUCAGUGAUGAGAGCAGGCCCUCUAGGAGUAGGAGAGGAAAGGCUCAAGCUCUGUAGCGUUGAGUGCUCUUAGUGGGUUUUGGGUUCUAGGGUAGGUCUUUGUGGGUUUUGUGCUUUAGGGCUUAGGUCCUUGUGGGUUUCUUUCUUUUUGGGCUGUUUCUUUUUCUCUUUCUAGCUAGGUGCUUUCUCUUGUAUUCUUCCGAUGUACUUAGGGGCGCCUUACGCUUUAAUAAAACUCUUUAUUACUUAUCAAAAAAAAAAUUGCUUUUUGGUUAAAGGAUGAGUUAUUUAUUUAAACCCUGACUUUAUAAUGGUUAUGCUUGAAAAUAGGAUAGUGCAGAGUGGGAAGAAGAUGCAGAUGAAUACAUACGGAAGAAUCUUCCAUCUGAUCUUGUAUGAAAGUUAAUUAUGAUCUUUUCAAAAUAUUAGUUAAACUUUGAUUAGCUAUCAUUUCACUGCUUUUAAUCAUAUACAGGAAGAAAUUUCUGGUUGGAUAGAGGAUUUGUUUACAGCCAGAAAAAGCGCAAUAAACUUACUGUGUUAUUUCAAUGUCAAAGGGUCCUCCACUGGGCACUUCUAGUAGUGGUUCUUCAGCUUCAUCAAAGCGCCAAAAAGGUGAAAAGAACAAGAGAUAUGGUCAGCACCAUUUUAUGGGAGAGUUGUUUGCGCUUCCAUUUUUGUCAAAGUUUCCUAUUCCUUCCGAUGCAAAUGCAUCCCAAACUAGAAUUUUAAAUGAUUAUUAUGGUGUUCUGAUGGCAUACGGUGGUCUGCAAGACUUUCUAAGGGAGCAAGAACCUGGAUAUGUAACAAGUCUUGUUUGUACUCUGGUGCUACCAUUAUAUAAGAUGUCUGUGUGCCUACCAUACUUGGUCGCCAGUGCAAAUUGGGUACUUGGAGAGCUUGCACCCUGUCUGCCAGAAGAAAGAUUGUUUUCUUUCUUAUGCCAUCUCUUUUACUUUUUUCUUUCACAAGGAAGAAGUGCUUAUCACUUGAUACUUGCUAUAUCACACUUAUUACUUCCUGUGUUGUUUCUAUAUACUUGAGCAACUGAAUUAUUAAUUUUUAAUGAAAAACACCACCACACGUCCCUCCCUGAGUUUCAG